CACUCCAAGCCUCUUUCUGAAUUUAGCUAUAACACUUGAGUUCACUUCACUCUCUAGUCCCCACCUUGCUAUAUAUCUUCCGUACUAAAUCCCUUAGCUAUGAAUACCGUUGUGCCGCCUCCGCCUCCUCCAGCGGGGAUGCACCGCCAAAGGCACGGCGACCGAGGUGGCCGGAUGUUCUCAGCCUCCGAUGACACUGCCAUGAUGAAGCAGAUCCAGGCUACCCAUACCCCCGAUGGCCGUGUGGUCGAUGUUGGUCCCAUCCUCAGCAUCAUCGAGGGCAUCUUCCGUCGUGCUGCUCCCAGCAUCGACAGUGUCCUGAAUGGAAAACAUGAACAUACUGAUGCAUUAUUGGAUGAGAAAGCAAACCUUGCAGCCUAUGACGGCAUCCUCGAAGCUUUGGCUUACACUAUACAUCGAAUCUCAUGCGAGAUAUCGUGCAAGUGUACAUCCGGAGGUGGAGGGGACGCGCAUGGGACGACCAUGGCCAUCUUCAACAUGCUCUCGACCUACUCCUGGGAUGUCAAGGUGGUGCUCGCACUGGCUGCGUUUGCUGUCAACUAUGGAGAGUUCUCACUCAUAGCGAACCUGUACGCCACGAACAUGCUAGCCAAGUCUGUGGCCCUCCUCAAGCAACUGCCCGACAUACUUGAGCACUCCAGCUCACUGAAGCCGCAGUUCGAUGCAUUGAACAACCUGAUUGCGGCCAUGCUGAAUGUGACCAAGUGCAUUCUCAUGUUUAGGGAGCUGCCUCCUCAGUACAUCUCACCUGAGAUGCCUCCUCUCUCAACCGCCAUGACCCAUAUUCCAACUGCCGCAUACUGGACACUACGGAGCAUCGUGGCUUGUGCUUCACAGAUUGCAAGCCUCAUUGGGCUGGGGCAAGAGUAUACGCCGUCAGCAACUGAGGCAUGGGAACUAUCUAGCUUGGCUUACAAGGUCAGCAACAUAUAUGACCACCUUAAGACCCAACUAGCCCUCUGCCAUCAGCACAUGGAUGAGAAAAGGUACUCUGAAGCUUAUCAAAAUCUCGUUCGGCUCUUUGAGACAUUUCAAAUAGACAACAUGAGGAUUCUCAAGGCAUUAAUAUACUCCAAGGAUGAUAUUCACCCGCUCCUCGAUGGUUCCUCCAAGGCCCGGGUCAGUCUUGAGGCGUUAAGGAAAAGAACGGUAUUGUUGCUUAUCUCGAAUCUUGACAUUGCCCACGAAGACAUCAAUGUCCUGCGCAAUAUGUACACAGAAUCAAGGACAAUGCAUGACAAUCACUAUGAGAUUGUGUGGAUCCCGAUUGUUGACAGCGACCCUAGAUCACCUGAAUGGGACGAGGCCCACCUACACAGGUUCACAGAGCUUCAGGCCAUGAUGCCAUGGCACUCGGUGCACCAUCCUUCGUUGAUCGAACCGUACGUGACCAAGUACAUAAGGGAGGCUUGGCAUUUCUCAAACAGGACAAUCCUGGUGGCAUUGGAUCCACAAGGGAAGGUUGUAAGCACUAACGCCCUCCACAUGAUGUGGAUAUGGGGGAACUUGGCAUUUCCCUUUACUAAGGAGAGGGAGGACGAGCUUUGGAAGGGCGAGGUUUGGAGGCUUGAGCUCAUUGUCGAUGCCUUCGACCCGACGAUCAAGGAAUGGAUGGAUAGUCGAAAAUACAUAUGCCUAUACGGAGGAGACGAUAUCGAAUGGAUCAGGAAAUUCACAACUGCGGCGAGAGAUGCUGCCAAGGCUUGCGGGGUCACGCUGGAAAUGGCCUACGUGGGCAAGAACAAUGCCAAGGAGCGAGUGCGUAAGACCGCCCUCACAAUUGCUCAGGAGAAGCUUAGCCAUAGCUGGGUCGACCAACCGACACUGUUCUGGUACUUCUGGACUCGGCUCGAGAGCAUGUUGUACUCGAAGCUGCACCAUGGAAAGAGCAUAGAGAACGACCAGAUAAUGCAUGAGGUGAUGACGAUACUCAGCUACGACAGCAGUGACAAUGGAUGGGCCUUGUUUUGCCAAGGACAGAUGCCCGAGAUUGCAAGAGCCAAGGGCGACAGCGCUCUCGAGAGCGUGCGUGGCCACGAGAAGUGGAAGGAGAAUGCGGAGAGGGAUGGGUUGGUGCCGGCUCUGAAGGAACACCUGCAGAGCAUCCAUACUCCGCUCCAUUGCAGCCGCCUUAUCCUACCGGGGAUCGCUGCCGGAAUCCCAGAGAGGGUGGUCUGUGCCGAGUGCGGCCGUCCUAUGGAGAAGUUCAUUAUGUACCGUUGUUGCAUCGAGUAAGCAUUGUGUCACGUGUCGGUAUGACUCCGUUAAAUCUACUAUGGUUGAUAUUGGUGUGAACUAUGUUUAUAAUUUGUUGUAACCGUGUUUGGCAGCAUUCCUCAUUUCUUGUAAUACUGUAUUGUAUCGCAGUCGAUUAAUACUGAUGUUGUUUCGUUCAUUCCCUCAAA